AUGCCGAAAGUGAAGAAGAAAGUGAAGAAUAAAAACAUUACAUGUGACAGAAAAUCACAAUUAACUCAGCAUGUUUCAACAUCCACACAUAAAAUGAAUGUGUUACAUUUAGAAAAUAAUGAAGAAAGUAAUAAAUCAAUUGAAGAAAUGCAGCAUUCAAAACAUAACAAUAAUUUUCAUUUCGAUCUAUACAAAGCUAUGAUUGCUGUUAAAAUGCCUUGGCGUUGUCUUGACAAUGAGACAUGGAGAAAUUUCCUCGUUAAAUACACACGUCAACAAAUUCCAAAUGAGUCAACUUUGCGGAAAAAUUAUUUGGAUGUCUGCUACAAUUCGGUUAUCGAAAAUAUUAGGUCGGAUAUUAAUGAGCAUUAUAUUUGGAUAUCUGUAGACGAAACCACAGAUAAACUCGGUCGUCAAGUCGCAAAUUUAAUAGUCGGUAAACUGUGUGACGAACCUACUAAACCUCAUCUACUUUCAUCUCAAGUCCUGGAGAAAACCAAUCAUGCCACUAUUGCUCGCUUUAUAAAUUCAAAUAUAAAAAUCUUGUGGCCAAAAGAGUUCCACGAAGAACGAGUUUUAUUACUUGUAACAGAUGCAGCUGCAUAUAUGUUAAAAGCUGGAAGAGAUCUUAAAAUCUUCUAUCCAAACAUUAUUCACCUAACAUGUUUGGUACAUGGAUUCAAUAGAGUGGCUGAAAAAGUUCGUCUUCACUUUCCUCUCGUUAACACUUUAAUCUCUUCAGUAAAAAAAAUAUUUCUAAAAGCUCCGCUUCGUAUAGAAGAAUACCGAGCAAAAUUAAUAAAUGUUCCAUUACCACCUGAACCAAUUUUGACAAGAUGGGGAACGUGGCUUGAAGCUGCACUUUUUUAUGCAGAUAAUUUAGCCGGUAUUCGAGAAGUUAUUGAAUCUUUCAAUUCAGAAGACGCUAUGUCGAUUAUUUCAGCGAAGAAUGUACUUCAAAAUCCACAGCUUGUCAAAGAUUUAUGUUAUAUUGAAACAUAUUUCAAAAAUCUUCCAAAAGUAAUGACAAAACUGGAAUCAGUAGGAUUACCUUUAACCGAAUCGAUUGAAAUAGUAAGGUCGUGUAUUGAAGAUUUCAAAGCGAUUCCAGGAUCUUGUGGACAAAUAGUUUCAGAAAAAAUACAGCAGAUUCUAAAUAAAAAUCCUGGAGUGAAGGAAAUAUUUAGAGUUAGUGACGUAUUAAAAUACACGCCUAAUUCUGAAAGUCCUGAAGAGAUUCCAUCUUCUUUAUGGAGCAAAUACUCGUAUAAAUAUGCUCCCGUUACAUCCCUGUGAUGUUGAAAGAUCAUUCUCUGCUUAUAAAUUAAUUCUAUCAGAGAAAAGGCAUAAUUUCACUCCAGCUAAUCUUGAAAAAAAUCUUAUUAUUUAUUGUCAUUUAAAUUACAAUCAA